AUGAAAACCCUCGCGAAGCGGCAGCGGUCAGAGUCGGUGAACGAGGCGAAACCACAUCGCGCUGCGAGAAAGGAAAGCACCACCACCUCGCACUCGGCACCCUCGCCAGCAGCAUCUCGCACCUUGACGACAGCCUCCGACACAGAUGCCGCGAGUUCAGCUGCCGUCGCCGCUCCCUAUGAUCGAAAGCCCUGCAAAAGUGCCCUUCUCGUUGUGAGUACUUGCCACGCCGUCAUGGCUGGUCUCGUGUACCGGAAGGAGAAAUUCUACAUAAAGUUCUCGGUGAAGCGUCAUGUCGGUCGUGUAAACAGUGUGGCAGUAGCGGAGCGCUACAUCGCCAGCAGCGGCGUUGAUGAGCGGGUCUUUCUCUUCACAAACAAGGCUGAGGAGCGCCUGACAGCGCCAAUGCGCAAGAAGAUGCAGGAGGCUGGCGAACCUCUCGCAGUGCGCCUAGCUGAUCUAGGCAGCAUCGCGCCUCCAGCUGAAGUAACCGUGCUCGUCUUUGCCGAUGGCUCUCAACACCUACUGUGUGGCUGCUUAGAUGGUCAGCUGCUCAUCUACCGCUGCCGCGACUGGUCCGUUAGAAGCGCGCUCGCGGUGCAUGAGAAGGCCCUUGUUGGACUUGCUGUGCACCCCAGAAGCCACGGCAGUCUUGCCGUCACGGUAGGAGAGGAUCGCACGAUUGCCGUGCUCGACCUUGUGAAGGGGAAGCUGCUGACAAAGUGGAAGUACAACCCCUCGCCUGCAGCACCUGGCAGCGUCUCUCAGAAGGCUGGGGGCAGCGCACCGGAAGAGGCGGAGAGGCCCUCCGCCUUUGCCCCUGCUGCCCGCGAAGAACUCGUUGGUGUCCUCUUCUCUCCUCAAGGCACCCGACUGGUUGUUUUUAGUCGUUUUUCGUUUGUCGUCUACGACUCCGCUGUCAUGGAGCCACUCUGUAGCUUCCGCUGUGCCAACCCGCAGCCACCGAGCGAGAUGCACCGCUUCGCCUUCUUCUCCGAGACGGAGCUCAUCGUGGGCACCGAGGUGGGUGCACUUCAAGUGUGCCGCAUUGAAGAAACUUCUGAUAAACUGUUGAACAUGACAGCGACGUUGACGCCAGUGGCGGCGACAUACCCGGAGAGCGUACGCGAGAAGGCGGCUGCGCUGUUAGCAACACCAGUGAAGAUGGAGGUGGAGACGCGCCAAAAGAGCCCGUUGCGGCACGUCAACCGUAUAAAGGGACUGCAGGUGCAGGGCAGCACCGUCUUCUCCAUAGACUCCAACGGCAUUGUCAUUGCAUGGAAUGCAAAGAGGACGGCGGCUGGUCCGCUGAGUCUGCAGUACGUGACGAGUGCAAACUGUCAAGGCCGUGUGACGGGCAUGGAGCUCUACCCCCUGCAUGUGCACGACAUCCAAAAAUCCCCACCAGUGAAAGGCUGCGCGGGUGGCCUAAAACUAAACCGGCGCUAA